AUGGAAUCAAUUAAUAGAGGAAAGGCUUGGAUACCAUGUAAGGAGACUGGUGCCUGGACCUCUGGUGAGAUUGUGGACGAACAAGGUGACUCUGUCAUUGUGCUUGUAGCCGAUGGACAAGAGAUAUCAAUACACAAGGAUGACCUCAAGAUGCAGAAUCCAUCCAUUCAGGAAGGUCUAGACGACAUGACCAACCUAUCACAUUUACAUGUAUGA